GCGGCCAGAACUUCGACAUGAACGGACCGAAAUCGUGAGAAUGCGCCUCGGAUUUUCUUUGCUGGUGCUUAGCCUUUGGCUAUUCCUGCAUCAGGAUCUUCGCCAGGACGGGGCAGAGGCAGCCAACAUUCUGGGAGUAUUUCCCUAUCGGCAUAUAUCGCCCUUUUUGGUGAUGCAGCCAUUCGUUCGGACUUUAGCCAAAAGAGGCCACAAUGUGACGCUGAUCACACCAAAGGGAAUGCCAAACGAUAUCGAGGGAGUUCGCCAUAUCCGCGUGGCCAAGCUGAACAAACGCCUCACGGAAAUGAUCAAGUCUAACCAAGUUUUUGAGCUUAUAUAUAACAAGUGGAGCGAAAAUUCGUUAAAAGCCGGAAUGCUUUUCAAUGCUUCCCAUGAUAUAUUGAGUGAUCCUGGAGUACAAAGGAUGCUACAAGACAGAAGCGAGAGAUUCGACCUGAUUAUAAUGGAGCCAACCAACCUAGACGCCCUCUUAGGUCUGGUCGAGUACUACAACGCCACUUUGAUGGGAUUUUCCAGUGGUCGCUGGAACUGGAACAGCGAAGAAUUGGCUGGAAAUCCGGCACCAACCGUCUACGAACCCAUCUCUCCAAUUGGCUACUCCUUGGACACUACGUUCCUAAGUAGAGUUCACAACUGGAUCCAUAUCAUGGAGGAGAAGUUGUUAGAGCACUUGGUUAUUAGGCCUGCCCAACUACGCAUAUUCCAGAAGUUUUUUGGUUAUUCCUCACAAAAGCUGGAAGAAUUACGCACCAAAUUCUCUGUUGUUCUUAUCAACAGCCACUACAGUAUGGGCAAAAUUCGUGCCAAUGUACCCAAUAUCAUCGAGGUGGGUGGUCUGCAUCUCAGCGAACCUAUGGAGCCAUGUACUGAGGACUUACAGAGAUUUAUGGAUGAGGCAGAACACGGUGUCAUAUAUUUAUCAAUGGGCAACGACGUUUUGGUUAGAUUUCUUCCGGAAAACCUUCAGCAGCUCCUUUUAAAAACUUUUGCCAAGCUGAAGCAACGGUUUAUUUGGAAGAGUGAGCUCUUGAAUAUGCCCAAUAAAUCGGAAAACAUAUUUGUCAUUGAAAAGGCACCCCAGCGUCACAUUUUAGAACAUCCAAAUAUACGACUUUUCAUCACAAACGGAGGACAGUUGAGUGUGAUUGAGGCGUUGCACAGUGGAGUUCCGAUACUAGGAUUGCCAAUGUUCUUUGACCAAUUUCGUAAUUUACGUUGGGGACAUUUAUCUGGAAUGGUCGAGGUUUUGGACAUUAACACUCUGAAUGAAGAUAUUCUCACCGCAACUAUUCAGGAAAUGCUUGUUAGCCCAAAAUAUGCCCUGAGGUCCAAGGAAAUGUCAAAGUUUUUCCAGGACCGACCCAUGAGUCCUUUGGAUACAGCCAUUUGGUGGACGGAGUACGCCCUACGUAACAAGAAUUUAAACCGAAUGCGUCUUAAUACCGAGGAUAUUCCACUGAUUCAGUACUAUAAACUAGACACCAUCCUCACCUUUGUCUUUCGAUUUGGUUUGGUAGCAGUAUCUGUAAUCUUUUUGGUCUACAGUUUAUUUAAAAGGAAUAGAAGAGCCAGAGGAAGAAGGUUACAGCCAUCUAUUACAGGUUGACUUUUGAAUAAAGUGAUAAUAUUGU